AUGGGGAACUGCUACAGCACCGGCAGUAGCAGGCGUGCGGAGACGUCGGAGCCGGCGCUACCGCAUGAGGCGGCGCCGGCGGAGGAGCUGAGCUCGUACGAGGCGGCGUGCCGGUCGGACCCGGAGCUGCGCACGUUCGACACGACGCUGCAGCGGUGCACGAGCCGCGCCAUCUCGACGCUGGCGGUGGGCGUCGAGGUGCGUUCGCUGUCGCUGGAGUACUCCCUCCGCGAGGUCACCGACUGCCUCCUCGACACCAACCAGAAUGGGCUGCGCGUCAUCCUCGACUGCAAGAAGGACAUCUGGAAGAGCCCCGAGCUGUUCGACCUCAUCGAGGAAUACUUCGAGAGUAGCGUCCACACCCUCGACUUCUGCACUGCGCUCGACAAGUGCCUCAAGCGCGCCCGCGACUCCCAGCUCCUCCUCCACGUCGCGCUCCAGCGAUUCGACGACGAGGAGUACGCCGCCGCCCCCUCCGCCCGGUACGCGCGCACGCUGCACGAGCUGCGCCAGUUCAAGGCAGCCGGCGACCCCUUCACGGAGGAGUUCUUCGCCGCCUUCCAGGCCGUGUACCGGCAGCAGCUGACCAUGCUGAAGAAGCUGCAGCGGCGCAAGCACCGGCUCGACAAGAAGAUCAAGACCAUCAAGGUGUGGCGCCGGGUGUCAAGCAUCAUCUUCGCGACCACGUUCGCGGCCGUCCUCAUCUGCUCGGUGGUUGCCGCGGCCAUCGCUGCCCUGCCUGUCGCUGCCGCAUUGGCCGCGGCCGCUGCAGUUCCCCAGGGGUCUAUGAGGAAGUGGAUCGAUUCAUUGCUGAAAGGGUAUCAGGACGCGCUCCGAGGACAGGAGGAGGUGGUGAGCGCGAUGCAGGUCGCCAAGUUCAUUGGCAUCAAGGAUUUGGACAGUAUCAGAGUUCUCAUCAACCGGGUGGAGGUGGAGAUCAGUUCAAUGAUCGACUGUGUAGAGUUUGCAGAGCGGGAUGAGGAGGCGGUGAAAUUUGGGGUGGAGGAGAUCAAGAAGAAGCUGGAAAAUUUCAUGAAGAGUGUUGAGGAUCUUGGGGAGCAGGCGGACCGGUGUAGCCGGGAUAUCCGUCGGGCUAGGACCGUCGUGCUGCAAAGGAUCAUCCGGAAUCCAAACUGA